AUGGAGGCUUUCACCAAGAACCUUCAUGCGAGCACGGACUUGAGUAGUCCUAACGCUGUGAGUGCUGGCAUAGUAGCAACAGCCGUGGGCCGUGGUGGAAAGAAACUGUAUUUUGAAGCCGCAGGUGAUGGAACUGGGGAUUCUCUCUGGUGGCUCGCAUCGCAGGGAAAGCUCUUCUGUACCGUUGCUGUCUUGCAGGCCGUGGAACGCGGUCUUAUCGGACUACAUGACGAUGUUUCGGAUAUUGUACCAGAACUAGGACAUCUCCCCAUUAACAAAAUCACCCUAAGUCUCCUCCUCUCGCACCAGAGUGGACUGACCUACAACCUAUUCAAUCCAACGCUGCAGAAAUGGGAGAAGGAACAGGGCUCAGACCUUCCUCUCCUGAAUAAAAAUUUUAAAUCCUUCGAGACGAUGCCGUUGAUUUUCGAGCAUGGAACUGAUUGGGCUUAUGGCUCCGGCCUUGUCUGCAUAUUCAACUAUGUGAAUCUUGGGGUCUCACAAGUGACGAUAUCCGACAGCGGAACCUCCUUUUCUGGUGCUUGUUUUGCUUUGACACGAGACAUGAGCAUGAGUCAUGCCAUGGGCGAGUCGUGGAAUACGAUCAGCCCUGGGGACGAUGGGCGAAUUUUCCUAUCUCUUAUCAAGGUCGCAAAAGUCCUUGUGAAAGUGUACGAGUGGGCGCAGGUCAGUGAAUAUAGUGCCAAUCUACUUACACAGGCGCUGGAGCUUGAUGGGAAGUUGUGUGGCAUUCAUAGUUCUCUCGAGCCAGAGUAG